CUGAUUCGCACUGCCUACUUUGUCUUUUUCUCCUUUUUUUAUACAUGUUUAAUUUUAACCCUAUUUCUCACAGAAAACUGUUUGCUUAUAUGUUGCUCGUAUGUCAUGCAGCCGUAACUUUUUUAGAAGUGAAUUUUUCACAUCGGAUAGAAAAGUUUUCUUUUGGUCCGCGGAUACCUGGCCUUGCAAACGCACUCGAAGGUCACGAAAAGAUUUCUUCGAACAUAUACCACUACUACGUUAAAGUGGUACCUGUAAAAUUCAUCCGACUGUCCGGAAACGUUGUGAAGACUUCGCACCAUGCGAAAGGAUCACAUGGAAUUCCAGGAAUCUAUUUCGUUUAUGACUUUUCUGGUAUAAAGAUACAAAUCACUGAAGUGAAGCGAGCCUACCUGAGUCUUAUCAUAAGGUUAUGCGCAUUGGUUGGAGGCAUAAUUGCAUGUUCAAGUAAGUCUAUCAGUGUAUCUUCGUUGAAACUCUAG